AUGGCUGGCCUUUGGCUCUCUCAUCUCCCCUUGGGGCUAUUGUGGUUCAGCGAACAGACCUUUCUACCACAAAACCAUGCAUGGCGCGCCCCCUCGUGGAGCUGGGCCUCGCUGGAUGGUCUCAUCGUUUGGCAUAGCGAUAUGAUGACAACUGUCGACCCUGUCUUUAGAAUUCUCCCCGAGACGACCGAGGCGAUGGGACUUGCUCACGAAGGUGCACCCUAUGGCGAAGUUGUUUCAGGGUCCUUAUACAUUAAAGGACGUGUGAGAAAGGGCAAUGUCUCGUCGGAUGGCCAAGAUGAACCCAAUGCCAUUAAUCUAGACAGAGCGGAAAUCUGCUGGGAUAACGACAGCUUCGCAUCUUUGGCCUCAACCUCCGAGAUCUUCUGCCUGCUGAUAUGUCAGUUCGAACAGGUAAGACAACCAGGACCGUCAGGGUUGUUAAUGAAACAAGUCAAUCAACAGAAGUAUAGCCGGAUUGGUGUUUUUCAUUUCAAACCUUUGCAGAUCUACGACCUUGAAGGAGACGAGCAUGUGGACAUUGAAGGCCGUGUAGAGAGAUUUCAGCGUGCGCAAAUAGCUGCGGCUGAGUUGUUUGAAUCCUCUGAUCCAGCAAGCAUUGUGCUGAUCUAAUCCUGCAGUCAAAAGUCCGGCGAGGUCGCAGCCUAGUGAAGAAUACUACCAGAUAGUCAGCCUUGAUUAUCUUGCACAAGAUAAGACUUACUACUUCUCGAUAUGUCCUUCC